AUGGCCGACGACGACUACAGUGAAGGCUUCCUCGAGUGCAACGUCGACAAACCGCAGAAAGAGAACGACGGUACCAAGGAUGCCUACAUCUCGUACCUCGUGAGCACCAAGAGCGACUUCCAAUCCUUCCAGCGCUCCGAAUUUAGCGUACGUCGACGCUUCACCGACUUCGUAUUCUUGUACAAGACGCUUUCGCGCGAAUAUCCGCAAUGCGCUGUACCGCCACUUCCCGACAAGCACAAGAUGGAGUAUGUACGCGGCGACCGCUUCGGACCCGACUUCACUCAGCGGCGGGCGCACUCGCUGCGACGCUUCCUCAAGCGACUGACGCUGCACCCGGUGCUCCGGCGGGCGGUGCUGUUCCUUCUAUUCCUAGAGAGCACCGACUGGAACAGCACGAUGCGGAGCCGGCCGACGCGGAGCAUGAGCGGGUCAGCGGCGGCUGACGCAGCGGCGAGCGGGGGGGUGUUUGACAGUUUCACGGACACGCUGAUGGGGGCCUUCAGCAAAGUACACAAGGCAGACAAGCGCUUCAUCGACGUACGGGACCGGGCGGACAAGCUUGAUGAGGACCUGGGACUGGUGGAGAAGGUGGUGGCGCGGGUGGCGCGACGCCAAGCGGACCUGGGCGUUGACUAUGGCGAGCUGGCCGCGCAGUGUCAGAAACUGGUGCAGCUGGAACCGGGCGUCGAGCAGGCGCUGACGAGCUUCGCCAGCAGCGUCGAGACGACGGGGCAAGGCCUGCGCGCGCUGCACACGCAUACGGAACACAACUACCUGGGCAGCCUGCGCGACAUGGACGCUUACAUCGACGCGAUCAAGUCCCUGCUUAAGACGCGCGAACAGAAGCAGCUUGACUUCGAGAGCCUAACCGACUACUUGGCUAAGGCGGCCCAAGACCGCGACAACCUCGCCAACGCAAGCAGCACCGCCGCCAUGGGCGCGUCGGGCUUCCUGCGCGCCAAAAUCGAGGACGUCCGCGGCGUCGACCACGAGCAGUCGCGCCGCGACCGCGUGCGCAAGCUUGAGCUGCAGAUUGAACGCCUGACGCGCGAGGUCGAGAAUGCAAAGAAGACAUCCGAAGCUUUUGAUGAGCAGACAGUCACCGAGGUUGCCGACUUCGAGCGCAUCAAGGCCUUCGAAUUCAAGGACACGCUGGGCGACCUGGCUGAUGCUCACGUCACGUUCUUCGCCGACACAGUCGAGAGCUGGGAGGCCUUUGUGCGGCAGAUGGAGAGCGAGGGCGUGCAGACGGGCGAUGCCGAGAGCGUCGCUUCGUGA